AGGAUGCCGAGGGUUUGCCCAACUUCGCACGGGUCACCUUCGAUGCGGAAGACUUCUCCGCGGUACAAGCUGCGGUGACGAAGAUCCAGAGGGGCGGCUUCGACGCAGUGGAGCUGAUCGCCGUGCGGGAGGCCAGGCGUCAGCUGCAGCGGCUCAGUGCGGAACAGAUGGGCAUCGCCGAGACGGUGAAGUUCGAAGAUACACAGGAGCAGCGGCGGGCGGCGCUGCGGGGCCGCGCCAGCGAGGUGGACCGGGCCUGGCUCUGCACCGUGAAGGCCGCCCUGGGCAAGGCUUCCGAGAGGGACCUGCGAGGCGAGCGGCCCAAAGACCGGCGCGACCGCCGCCGCGAGCCCCGCGAGCCCCGCGAGCCCCGCGAGCUCCGCCGUGCGCGGGAAGGCGUGCAGCUGAUGGAGCGGAGCUACAAGCACCGCGCCCGUGAGAGGUAGCCGGGCCACCUUCCCGAGGCUGAAAGCGCUUCCAGCCGCGAGUCAAGGGCAGUCACCAUCAAAG